CAUGAUCAUAGAAUGGCCUGGAUAGGAAAGUGACCUUAAGGAUCAUCUAGUUCCAGCCCCUCCUGCCAUGAACAGGAACAGGUUUCAAUAGGUCCAAAGGACGCUGCCGAGGUCCUGAAAGGGAACAAUUUUGGGAAAUUUAUAGAAAUUGCUGCAGAGAGAAACUCUAAUCUAACCCAACUGUCAGAACACAUGAAAAUCUGUGUGAACCCUGCCAGUAAGACAUGUAUGGAAGAUAAAUUUUGCAAACACUUGUAGAGUAGAGCUCACUGUUUGACAGAGAUUGUGUAUGACUGGAAAUGUCUUAAAGACUAAAGCAGCUCUCUGCCCAACCUUCUCAUCCAUUUUCCCCUUGGCUGGAGGAUGUAUGGAUAAAAGUACAGGUUACAGCUAUUGAUGCCAUCUGUGAGAUUUCAGAAUUGUUCCUUGAGCAAGAGACAGAAUAUGUACCAGGAAGAUUUCAGGAAUAUGACUGAAGGGACCAGGAACAGCAGUGACUCCUAUUCUGCCUUCGUUCACACCGGCACCAUGAGUGCCAUACUGGUCACUGUCUACUCGGUUGCCUUUGCUGGAGGUGGAAUUGGGUCUAUCACAAUGUCCUUUGUGCUGCUCAAGAUGAGCACUCUAUCUGUGACCACAACUGCCAUCAUUAACCUGGUCGUUGUGCACAGCCUCCUCCUCUUCACGGUCCCCUUCCGCCUCCACUAUUAUGUCAAAAAGAAGUGGGUAUUUGAUAUGCCAUUUUGCAAAAUGGUGAGUGCCAUGGUGCACAUCCACAUGUACCUGACCUUUGUAUUUUAUGUGAUCACACUGGUGAUCCGGUGGCUCAUCUUCUUUCAGUGGAAGGACAAGGUGGAGUUUUACAGGAAGCUGCAUGCCAUUGCAGCAAGCGCUGCCGUAUGGGUCUUCGUCAUGGUCUUUGGGGUGCCGCUCUUCUACUUUGAGUAUGGACGCUCAGGCUUAUACAAUAAUACAACAUGCUUCAAGUUCCACAAAGAACUACAGCACAUGAGUGUGAAAGCCCUGAAUUACACCUUAAUUGUAGCUGUUGCCCUCAUUUCUUGUGUCCUCUUGGGCUUGCAGGUUCUUAUCCUGGUAAAAGUGGCGAGAAAAUUUUCCACCUCCCUCUGUUCACACCAAGAAUUCUGGGCCCAAAUAAAAAACUUGAUUUUCAUCUGGGUCAUCAUAAUUUUGUUCCUUCCCUAUCACCUGUUCAGGGCCUACUACAUACAGCAUGUGAGUGAUUUUGACCAAUUAGAAAGCUACAAUGAGGUUUUUUUGAGCCUGACUGCCCUGAGCUGUCUGGACCUGUUGUCAUUCAUGCUGAGUGGAAGCCGCUUCUUCAAGCAAAAUGUGGGGAUUCUCCACAGGAGGUUGCCUUGCUGCUAGCAUCAGCCUCCUGCAGAGUGGGCAGAACCUGGGAUAGGACAGUGAUGGACAGACAUGGCAAACUCUCUCCUCAGCAAGUGAGGUUGUGCUCUGGAAAUGGCACAGCACACUCAUACAAGGCUUUGCACAUCAGCUUCCUGAAUUAAUGGAGCAAACUGCCUCCAGGGUCUCAGCUGGUAAACAGGAAGGUGAUCUCAGCAAUUUCCUCAUGGUGCUACCCAGUGAGUUGUGGAUGGACCUGGAGAAGAGGGAAGAAAGGUCAUGGGCGCUUCUGUCUUGCUGCUCUUACAUGAAGAUUUGUGAAGUCAAAGGCAGUAGGAGCAGACUUGAGAAUUGCAAUGUAAAAAUACA